AUGGACGAAGACAAUGGCAAUGAGAUUUUCAAAGCAUUCACGAAGCACAACGUUGAAUGCAAUGUUUCGGGACGCGCGCGUGUCACUUAUAAAUGCAAAACGUACACGGCCGAGGUGCUGCUCCAUGGAAACGUGCUAUGCGUCGAUGAGCUGACGACAACAUCUGUUCCAACCGCGAGUGUUCCACUAAUAUUCGUCCUCGAGCGAGCCACCAUCAAACGAGAAGACGGCACCACCAAAUUCGUCGUCGCGUUUUCCGAUCCGACCGAGAAUAUCGAGAUUGAAGUGGAAACUGACGAGAUUCGCGAAGAGUGGAUGAUCAAAAUGGCCACAUGCUCUCAUCAAAUGGCGAUGGCAGAACUUGACGAAAUCGCAUAUAAAUUCUAUACAAUGUCCCCCUCAUUGAGUAACGACGAGACGUUUGACUCGAAAAUUUCGGCAUUCCAAAGCUUCUAUCUCACGUCACCCAUCCAUAUUACUCACAAUUUCGCAAUCUCGCAACAAAACAAUCUUCCCGCUCGCCGAGUUGUCGUCGAUGAGACACUUUGGGAGACGAAACUCUCAUUAAUAAUUCCCAAAGAGAUCAUCAAAUUCAAUAAGAAGAUUGUGAAAGAGUUUGCCGCGAUUCUCGAGUCGCGUCAAAAGACGUGGCCCUAUUCGGUGAUACCGGCGCUUCAUGAAGUCCUUCGGCAACUCCGCGAGCUCGCCGAGACCUAUGAGCAGUGUCUUGAGUUUGUCGACGCCUACAAUGGACCAUCGUUUCGAAAAUCGAUUGAGAAGCAUCGCGUCGCUUUUGGAAUGGUCCCGACAAACCUGCAUGUGCACUCAUAUGAGAUUAAUUCGGGCGAUCGGCGAGAUUUCAUCACGGCUGGAACGGCUUCCGCAAUUCCAUUUCGUUAUAAUAAUGGCGGUCUUCAAAAAUUGAACUCGCAGCUUGAGAUUGAGCCAUAUAAUACGGACUACGGGUUCUGGAAAAAACGGCAAACCAUUAUGGAAUUGAAGAAAGUUAUCAAUGAGCUUAGCCAUAAGAUUGAACGGGAAUGGAAAAUCGCAGACUUUGGAAAACCUGACAAUGUUUGCUUGCAGAUUCACUCUGGUGUCAAGCAGGUUUAUGAAGGUCUUAAAGACGCGAUUAAUGGCUUCACCGACAUCGACAAAUGUUCGGAAAUUCUAUUGGAAGAAGAAAAACGACUUCUAGGCGAAGGGCUAACGACUCUUGAGAAUCGUGUGUACGACAACAUCCAGAAUCAGAUUGAUCGAAUUGAUGCGAUGUGUCUGAGUCUCAACACGAAAAUCGCUGCGAUUGACACGCUGAAUGAUUCGAAACAGGAGCGCGAGAAUGUUGGAAAGAACACGAAAGAGGCGAUGGGCGCCUGUUUGGAUAAUUUGCACAUGUUGGCUGAUGCAAUUUUGGAGUCGCAAUUAUUUUCGCUUGUUAUCAAUGUUCACCGACGUCUCAUUUCUCAUUCCUAUUUCCAUAUUUGGAUACGCACAGAUUUUGCAUUGUCGCAGGCGAUUACAAUUGCAACAACUGCAAUAUUAAACAGAAUUCAGAAGAGGAAUGAACCAUUCACAAAAGACCUUCUUCUUGUCGUUUUCUCGUUCUUAUCAGCGUAUGGAGAUGAGAAGGGAAUGAUUGAAGACGCUUGCGAGGCAUGGAAGGCGCUAGAGCAAAGGGUUCGAUUUCGUCUCGUGCGCGCACCAUCGGCAGUCUGCCGAACUUGCAUUCCAAUGAUUCAAGGAUCACGAACCAACAUGAGGGUCUCGAUUCCGUUGCCCCACGAAGUUUACGACAGUCUUCCCGAUGAAACGAAGUGGACGAAUGAUUUCUCGGUGAUGCCGGCCUAUUUCAAUAUUGGGGUGAACCAUGAAGCCACUUUUGGGCAAUCGUUCGGCGGAAUUGCUUUGGAAACGGCAAUUAAUCAAGAGGCGGCGGAAAAAUUAAAUAUGUUCGCGAAUCGAAAUGAUUCGUCGUCGAGAUCACGUGAAGCCGUCAUGGAAGUUGUCAACGAGGUUUCGCGAGAAUCGUCGAGAAAAAAUAUUGCGAUAUUCGAAUGGGCGAUGACGGCCUGCGAUCGGCUCGGCGGCGAAUCGGUGAUCUCGUGCAAGAGCGGAAAAGAUCGAACCGGAAUGGCGGCGACGAUCGAGCAGGGUCGUGUUCUCAAAGAGACGUGCGGCUUCAAUGGGAAUCAGUUGGCCGAGGUGAUCAAUUCGCUUCGCAAAGACGGCGUGAGGCGCGAGAAUUGCCGAAAGAAUGUUGGCCGGCCGGUUUACUCGUUCUCGCCGUUCCAAAUGCACUUUUUGCCGAAGACAUUUCGUCCACCAUCGGGCACCUAUUCGCAAGGUGUCUCCAGUUAA